ACCUUGAAACGCCAAACUCUAGUGUCACCUUGGCGGAACGCACUCAUACACACAUACGCUAUUCUUUUCGUUCGUUUAACACAAUUGGGAAGCCAGUUAAUAAUAAAGUUUUUAACAAAAAUUACUUCAUAAAUUUCUCAAACAAAUCAAUCACUAUUCCAGUGUAAACGAUUGAUACAAAAGUGCAAGUCAACAACAAAAUUUGUUGAAAUAAAAGCAAAAGUGUCGAAAUUUAUCAUAGACAUUUCAACGGUCUUUUUUUUGGUAUACAGAAAUAAAGUGCGUGUGUGUUGAAAAGAAAUAAAAACCGUUUUGCUUUUUUGAAAAGUUAAAAAAUAUUAGAUUUAACUUAUUCUCGGAAUUUAAUAAGCAUUAAAGAUGACGACUACCAAAGUUAAACAACGCUUUAUUGAACGUGGCUCCCAUAAGGGAAAGGGCUUGGCCGUCUUCACUAGUGGUGGUGACUCCCAAGGUAUGAAUGCUGCCGUAAGAGCUUGCGUCCGGAUGGCAAUUUAUUUGGGUUGCAAGGCCUACUUCAUUCGUGAAGGCUACCAAGGAAUGGUAGAUGGCGGCGAUAACAUAGUCGAAGCUAAUUGGGCUUCGGUAUCGUCUAUAAUUCAUCGUGGAGGUACUGUAAUUGGUUCAGCAAGAUGUACUGAUUUUCGCCAACGUGCUGGUCGCCUAAAGGCAGCCCACAAUCUUAUUCAAAAAGGCAUUUCUAACCUGGUUGUUAUUGGUGGUGAUGGUUCAUUGACUGGUGCAAAUUUAUUCCGUCAAGAAUGGUCAUCAUUGUUAGACGAAUUAUUGAAGGAGGGAAAAAUAACUGAAGAGCAAAGGAAAAAAUAUGAUGUUUUGCAUAUUGUCGGAAUGGUCGGAUCAAUCGACAACGAUUUCUGUGGUACUGAUAUGACAAUUGGUACUGACUCAGCUUUACAUCGAAUUAUUGAAGCUAUUGAUGCUAUCGUUAGUACUGCAUAUUCUCAUCAACGUACAUUUAUUAUGGAAGUUAUGGGAAGACACUGUGGUUAUUUAGCCCUUCAAGCCGGUAUGUCCUCCGGAUCUGACGCUAUAUUUAUACCCGAAGAUCCGGCUCCAAAGGAUUGGAACGAUAUUUUAUGUGAAAAGUUGUUACAGGAACGUAGUGCUGGUCAACGUUUGAACAUUAUUAUUGUAGCAGAAGGUGCUAUUGAUCGCGAUGGCAAUGCUAUUUCCGCUGAAGAUAUUAAAAAGGUUGUUGUAGAUAAGCUACAACAAGACACCCGUAUUACUGUUUUGGGUCAUGUUCAACGCGGUGGUAAUCCCAGUGCUUUUGAUCGUGUUUUGGGUUGUCGUAUGGGAGCUGAAGCGACAUUGGCUUUGAUGGAAGCUACAAACGAAACUGUGCCCGCUGUUGUCUCUCUAGAUGGCAACCAAGCUGUUCGGGUCCCAUUGAUGGAGUGCGUUGAACGCACCCAAGCUGUUGCUAAGGCUAUGUCCGAGAAAAAUUGGGAAUUGGCUGUUAAAUUGCGUGGUCGUUCAUUUGAACGUAACUUGGAAACCUAUAAGAUGUUGACUCGCUUGAAGCCACCUAAACAUGAAGGACAGGGCUAUCGUUUGGCUGUAAUGCACAUAGGUGCACCAGCUUGCGGUAUGAAUGCUGCUGUACGCAGUUUUGUGCGUAAUUGCAUUUAUCGUGGUGAUGUCGUGUUCGGCAUUCAUGAUGGCAUUGAAGGUCUUAUUGCUGGCAAUAUUAAGGAAAUGGGCUGGUCCGAUGUAACUGGUUGGGUUGGCCAAGGUGGUGCUUUCUUGGGAACAAAACGUACUUUGCCCGAGUGUAAAUUCAACGAAAUCGCAUCACGUCUCAGGGAAUUUAAGAUUCAGGGUCUAUUGAUUAUCGGUGGUUUUGAAGCUUAUCACGCAUGUGGUCAAAUCGCAGAUCAACGUUCUAAUUAUCCUGAAUUCUGUAUACCAUUGGCUGUUAUACCCUCUACCAUUUCCAACAAUGUUCCUGGUACUGAAUUUUCGUUGGGUGCCGAUACUGGCCUUAAUGAGAUUACUGAGAUUUGUGAUCGCAUCCGUCAAUCGGCUCAAGGUACCAAGAGACGUGUUUUCGUCAUUGAAACUAUGGGUGGCUAUUGUGGAUACCUAGCUACACUAGCUGGCUUAGCUGGUGGCGCAGAUGCUGCUUACAUAUUUGAGGAGAAGUUUUCAAUUAAAGAUUUGCAGCAGGAUGUCUAUCAUAUGGCUUCCAAAAUGGCUGAAGGUGUACAGCGUGGUUUAAUUUUACGCAAUGAAAAAGCUUCCGACAAUUAUAACACCGAUUUCAUUUAUCGUUUGUAUUCGGAAGAAGGCAAAGGUUUAUUUUCUUGCCGUAUGAAUAUUUUGGGCCACAUGCAACAGGGUGGUUCUCCAACACCAUUCGAUCGUAAUAUGGGUACAAAAAUGGCAGCUAAAUGUGUAGAAUGGUUUUCCGAACAAUUCAAAAAUAACAAGCAACCUGACGGUAGCAUUAAAUGUACUGACAAGGAAUCUGCUGUUCUUUUGGGCAUAGUAAGGCGUCAAUACAGAUUCACACCCUUGGCUGAUUUGAUUUCUGAAACCAAUUUCGAGCAACGUAUUCCUAAAAGCCAGUGGUGGUUAAAAUUGCGUCCUUUGCUAAGAAUAUUGGCUAAGCAUGAUUCUGCCUAUGAGGAGGAAGGUUUGUACAUAACCGUUGAAGAAGAAUGCUCCACCGAUGCUGUGGCUUAAAUGUAAUACAAAACAUUUUCAACAGCAGAGUCAUUUUCAUUUAAAAGAUGAUGUUUAGCUAGCCAUCUAGCAAGCCAGUCUAAAAUUCAAUUGCUCUAAACUAAAUUGAAUAUAUAUAUUGCACAAAAUCAGAAGCUUGAUAUUAUAAGCUAUCUUUUGUUAGUCAAGGCUUUUUUAAUUUAUAGGUUUUCAUUUUACUUCGCCAUCAUUUCAUUUUCAAAAUAUUUUAUAUUUUUUUGUUUACUUUUUAUUUAUAAUUAUGUCAAUAAUUUCACCAUUAAACAAAUACAUUGCAAGUGUUUUUAUUAAAGCUCAGGUCUCCAAUUAAGUUAAAAUGACCCCAGUGUAUUCAAUAUUAUAAUUAUCACCAUCAUUUCCAUUAUCUUUUUAUUUAUUUAGUUUCGUAGACACUAUUUAGAUCUAUUCUCUAACACUCAAAGUUUAUGAAAUAAAUUAAAUAAUUCUAAAAAUUUUCAAGCUGCUACAAUUCUUUGUAAAGGAUUUUAAAUAAAUCUGAAUCCUUCCUAUUUUUAGAUCUAAAAAAAUUAAAUGUGUUAAAAGUUAUUCAUAAUGUUGUUUAAAUUAAGUUGUAGGGAAUCAUCUAUCAAACCGAAUCUACAUACAACAACCUACUACUAAUUAAUACGAUAUCAGGAGAAUAUAAAUAUAUAAUACACAAUAAUAUACACAUGUUGUUAAACGUUGUACUUUUGAAGUUUAAGAAAAAUAUUAAAUAAAUUAUGACACAUUGAUACAAAAAAA